AAGCGCCUCUCUGUGCCGCCCGAGUGUGGCAUCAGGCAUGCGGGGACGAAUAUACAAAUUAAUACGUACAAGCAAGCAGGCGCACACUCCUGCAGAGACGGCGUGACAGCUGCAACAUCACACUGGUUAUUACAGACGAAAGCCCCUCAUGGAGCAGCGCUGAUGGAGCCGACGGAG